AUGAUGGGCUGCUGCAGUUGCUUUGGUUUCAUUAGAAAGCCCAAACGGAAAACAAGGCCCAAUUAUGGCUUUAAUAAUCACCUUUCCCAGGAGCUGUUGUUGGAUGAAGAUAUAGAAGAUGAGGAUGAUGGUUCAUAUAAUGGUGAGGUUACAAGAACUACUCAUGCUGAUGAAAGUGAGCCACAAAUCUGCGGCAAUCGUUCUGAAGAGAUUUUACACUUCAGGGAACAGAGUGGAAUGAUUUGUAGGCAGGUCCCUGUGAAGGAAACCCACAAAUGCAUUCGCACAGAGGAUGAAAAUGGGAAUAAGAUGGUCAAUGAGUAUGUUCGUGAGUGUAAAAUUGGUGCAGGCAGCUAUGGAAAAGUGGUUCUGUAUCGAAGCCUUGUAGAUGGACAGCAUUAUGCAAUUAAGGCCUUUCAUAAGUCUCAUUUAUUAAAGCUCCGAGUUGCACCUUCAGAGACAGCUAUGACAGAUGUUCUUCGUGAGGUUCAUAUUAUGAAAAUGUUGCACCAUCCUAACAUAGUUAAUCUCAUUGAGGUGAUUGACGACCCAGACAUAGAUCACUUCUACAUGGUUCUUGAAUAUGUUGAAGGCAAAUGGGUCUGUGAGGGUUCUGGUCCACCGGGCGGCAUAGGAGAAUGUACUGCAAGAAAGUACUUGCGGGAUAUAGUUUCUGGGCUGAUGUACCUCCAUGCUCAUAACAUAGUGCACGGCGAUAUCAAACCUGAUAAUCUGUUGGUUAGUCGUAAUGGUACAGUGAAGAUAGGGGAUUUUAGUGUCAGCCAGGUUUUUGAGGAUGAAAAUGACGAGCUGCGCCGAUCCCCAGGGACUCCUGUUUUCACUGCACCUGAAUGUUGUUUAGGGCUAACCUAUCGUGGUAGAGCUGCUGACACAUGGGCAGUAGGGGUUACUUUGUACUGUCUGGUAUUGGGACAAUACCCGUUCCUUGGAGACACACUGCAGGAUACAUAUGAUAAGAUUGUUAAUAACCCUUUAGUACUUCCAGAUGAUAUGACCCCACAGUUGAAAAAUUUACUAGAAGGGCUUCUUUGUAAAGACCCAAACAUGAGGUUGACAUUAGAGGCUGUUGCUGAGCAUACUUGGGUUAUUGGAGAUGAUGGGUCGAUACCUCAGUAUUCAUGUUGGUGCAAGCGCAAGAGUUUGCGGGAAGAAUAUAAUGGGACGAAAGAUGAUAGUAGCAUAACCCAUAGUGACUAG